AUGGGGUAUCUGCAACAAAUCCAGGAUGCGUUCGGCCUAGCCAACGAUUUCCUAACCCCGGUACUUGAUCGAGAACAAAUAAAAAAGACCCAAGGAAACUCAUUGCUCAGUAUUCUGAAUCAGGCAUUUGGGAGUGAUGCUGCCAGUGACGAUGUGUCGAGGCCGGCCAUCAUCAGGAAGGCCUUGAAUAUCUUGGCUGGUAUUCAUGCAUCCUUCGCUUCAUCCGAUGGCGCGGAUCCAUCUCAACAGCUGGCCACAGAAGGUGAAGAUAUGGCCAUGGAAGAUGCCAAGCGACGCCGGAUGCUGCAUGCGCUGCUCGACUUGAUCUCUCUGGAGGGAAUAUAUCCUUCGCUGUCAUCGGGCGUUGGGAUCCCUCUCCAGCAACGAGUGAUAUCCGUUCUACCAGCAGGAGUCAUUGCAAAACAAGCAGAGACUGUCAAUAGUAGUGUACCUCGCAACGAAACGCUGCUACGCCAGAUCAUCGACGUCUUGAUGGAUAUCAUUUUUGAUCCGAGGCCGGGCAUUCAGCCGGUGGUUCGGGGUCGUAUCCUCAGCGACAUUAUUAGCGGCACUUCAGAACUUGCCUUCAAUCCGCAUUCCACGCCAUCAUAUGACAAGGGUAUCUAUCAAAAAGCGUUGGUCAAGAUCAUCGCAGAUACCCCUACCACAGUGUUGCUACCGGCGCUGUCUAACUUCCUUCAAUCUGACAUUGCACAAUGGUUCAAGUCAACAAUCUCUGGUCUGAUCUCGCACAUUCCAUUACGGCCAGGUGGAGUAGUGCAAACCAUCAUGUUCAUCGCAUCGCAAUUUGCACCAUCAUUGGGCCAAGAGGCCCAGGACCAAUCUAGCGGGCCUCAUUUGACAGUGCAAGCUAUCAUGCAAAUCUCACGACUUCUUUCGUCCGUGCCACAGGAUGUUGACCCAGUUGUGUAUUUUGGGAAGAUUGCCCCGCAACUACUUGCCUUGAUAGACGGCGAGGAUCCAGAUUUGCGGAAAACUGCUUCCUACGUCGUUGGUAAUGGAGUCCUGGGAAAGCGGGCCUAUGGAGCACCAGGUACUAUCGGUCAUUCGAUAUUUGUGGAGCCAAUCUUCAAAGCAUUAACGGGAGAACUUGAUGUCAAAUCCAAGCGAUGGAUGACCCGCUUCUCCGACGUUGAGGGCUCUAUGCCAGAUUUCAAAGACGUGAGCCCUGGCUCAAUUAUCACGGUUGAUGGGGCAACAGUUAUUCUGGCUAUCAACCGAAUCAGAUGCUUAACACUGCAGCAUCCAAACCCGGGUCUGGUGAAGCGACUCGUUUACCCCAUUCUUCUUCCAUUAUGGGGUCUUGCCUGUGCUUCCCAGGAAGAGCAAUUGUCCACCCUUCAUGAACUAGUGUUGCCUCUUCUACAUACAUAUUUUGGUAUCUCGGUAGGCGUCCAACCGCUCAAAAAGAUUGUCGAUAAUCUUCUUUGGGACGGUGGUCUCACGUGGACAUAUUUUAAAGACUCGGAUGAUCAACUGGCCUUGAAGAAGCGAACAGAAGAACAUGGCAAUCACUCAAAUUUCAUCAAGUUAAUUAACUCUCUGCAAACACGUGCUGAACUCUUUGUCUGUCUGCUAGGCUCAGACCCAAGCAGCGAAGAGAGAACUGGUGACAUAUUUCUCUAUGUGAGUGAGAAAUGGCUUGUGCAGCCGCAACAUUCAACGCAGUCUCAAGAGACCCUGGGCGCAAGACCCAUUGGUGAAAGCGAUCAUCUCAUUGGAAGCCUCGUCAGUGCUAAGGUUGCCGAGAAAUUGCUUGAAAACUUUAAAGACACGCUGUCUCGGCGUCCACUUCGUGUCUUGGAGUUAAUCAAACAAGUCGUUGAUGGAGAGCUUCAUAAAGUCAAAGCUCAAGCAGCGUCCAAACAAAAAGCGGAAUCUGGCAAUGUGUCUUUGUCCAAUUUGGCGAAUAUUGUCGAAAGUGAAAACAAAGAGAACGAUGAUACUCCUGGUAAUGACUCCUUUGAGUCGCUAACAACCGCAUUCAGUUUGCUUUCUACCGUCAUCGCAUCGCCAGACUUCUCACCAUCCAACGAUAUCCUGCCCCUCUUGGAAUCUCUCAAAGGAGGCAUUGACCAACUCAUACCUCUUCUACCUUCCUCUCUCUCCAAACCUGGCAUGACAUCUUCCAUGCUUCUGGAAAUUCAUAUCGCUUCACCAGAGCAAACCGGAACCAGGUCUAUACCUGCCCACAUAUCAGAUCUCGAAACCCAUCGUCAAGCUUUGGCGAACCUUAACUCGGAUCUACCUCCAGUACAAGCAGAAGGUUUAUCCCUUCUUUCAAAACUUAUCAUGAAUUCGUCGCCCGUUCUGGACGUCCCGUCAUCCAUGUCGAUCCUUCUGGCGGUCAUUACCGACACGUCUGGGGUGGCUGCACCUGAACAGUACAUUUACUUGAACGCUAUCAAGAUCGUUGGUACGUUAGCAGCACGCCACCCUCGCACAGUAGUCAAGACCUUGAUAGAUACCUAUGCCGAUAGAUCUGAGAUCACAAAUCUUGAUGAGCGACUCAAGGUAGGCGAGGCUUUAUUGCGAACAAUCCAAGACCUAGGCGAGGCACUUUCUGGAGAGACAGCCAAGAUCUUUGGCGAGGGCCUAAUCGCUGUGGCUGGCCGCCGUCAGCUCAAGCCUCAAGCGCAGAAGAAACGCGAGCAACAGGCUGAGAAAGAACGUCGUAAGAAGGAUCUUGAAGAACGCAAAGCAAGGGAAGAUGCCCUCCCUCCUGGCUGGUCCAUGUCCUCAGCUAUCAACAAGGCUGCCACCGAGUUGAACAUUGUGGACGAAGACUCGGAUACUGAAUCUCCCGAGCAAGCUGCCCAUGCCUCGAAUGUUGUUGCAGCAUGGGCCGCUGGUGCCUCUGCAGAUGAACAACCCGACGAUCUUCGUAUCCGUGCGUCAGCUCUCUCUAUCCUAGCUUCCGCAAUCCAUACCAAUAUCAUCGGUCUUGGUCCUGUCAUCGUGUCCUCGGCCAUCGAGCUCGCCCUUGCCACCCUCACCCUUGAACCUGGAGUCGAAAGUGCCAUUCUCCGUCGUGCAAGCGCCGUCCUCAUUCUGGAUACACUGAAAGCACUAGAGUCCAUGCGCGAGACACGGGGGGGACAGCACAUCGGAUUUGGCUUCUCCCUUUCUGACCAGACGCCCCCUAAAGCCUCCAACUCGGGUGCAGAGUUCACCAUCGGCAAUAUUCCCACCAUGCUACGCACCCUUGGGUUCGUCGAAAGUCGUGAGGAGGAUGGAAUUGCCCGUGGGCAUCUCCGCGCAUUGAUCGAGAGCUUAGAGACCUGGAUGGAGAAGUCUAUGAUGUGGGGUAUUGGUGCAAACGAUGGUCAGGAGUCAUUCUACCCUCGAUUUGGACUAUCUGAUAGGAUUGAGGGUCUGAAUAUCGAUCCACUGGGUGGCCAGGAUAGUGCAGGACGGCCCCGGAUUGAGGAGAUUGAGUGA